CUAAAAGCAGUUCGUUUUAAUUGCGAUAAAUCUUUCUGCUCUUUAGAUAUUUAUUAUGUCUCUUUCAAAAUUGCAUGUUUCGAGCCUUUCGUUUCCUUCUACAAGAAUCAAAGCUGCCAUCAAUCAUGUUCCGAAGUUAGGAUCAUCUAGCCUUUCACUUCCGAAGCUCCGUAAAACAAAUUUAUCAAAACAAGUCCACAAGAAAUCAGAUCAACAAGUCACAAACAUGAUCCUAACCAAGACCAACAACGAUAAAGAGCAAUACGCUCAUGCAUCCACCGAUUCUGAUGUUAUUGUCGCUAAGAUUUGGGCGAUUCUCGAAACGGUAUCGAAUAGAAUAGAGAUGCAUGAAAACAUACGUCAACAGCGCGACAAUUGGCAUUCUCUGCUAUUCAACUCGAUUAACUUGAUCACUCUCUCGGCCACAACAAUGGUUGCGCUUGCAGCAAGCCAUGAGAUGAAAAUGUCGAUGAAUUUAUCGUCGUCUUUGUUGUUUUUUGCGGCUACUGGGAUGCUGAGUGUGAUGAACAAGAUUCAACCGUCACAACUUGUGGAAGAACAACGGGCUGCUACGAGAUUAUUCAAAAAUUUACGUCGAGAAAUCGAGGAUUUUAUUGUUCUUGGUGAUGUGCCGAAUCAGAAAGAUGUGGAUGUUAUGAUGGUGAAGGUGUUGGCUCUUGAUAGAGCUUAUCCUCUUGCUUUACUCGGGGCAAUGCUGGAAAAAUUUCCCAAAAAAUAUGAACCUAGUGCUUGGUGGCCUAAAAAUAAUUUUCAAAGUUUACGAAAACCGUUUAAUGAUUAUGGUGAUGGAAGAAAUGGAUGGAGUCAAGAGUUAGAAAAUGAAAUGAGAGAAAUCAUUGAGGUUGUGAAAACUAAAGACCAAGAAGACUACGAGAGGCUCGGAAAUAUAGCUCUGAAACUCAACAAGGGUUUGGCUGUUUCCGGUCCGGUUCUUACCGGUGUAGCUGCGAUAGGGUCAGCCUUUUCGGGGAUGUCUCCUGCAGCGGUGGUGGUGGCGGUGGUUGCUGGGGCGGCUGCAGCCGUGAUAAACACGGUGCAGCAUGGCGGACAAGUUGGAAUGGUGUUUGAAAUGUAUAGGAAUUGUGGUGGCUUUUUUAAGCUAUUAGAAGAAUCAACAAAUUGUGGCCUUGAGGAAAGUGAAAUGGAUAAGAGGGAAAAUGGGGAGGUGUUUGAGAUGAAGAUGGCUUUGAAACUGGGAAGAAGCUUAUCAGAGUUGAAAGAUCUGGCCGAGAAAUCUUCGAGUUCUGAGAACACCUUCAGUGAAUUUGCAAGCAAGCUCUUCUAAAAAAAACAAAUUUAUUUAUUUAAUUUUAUUAGACUAUGAUAAUAGGUGAAUAUCUGUUCGGAUGUAAUUGUAAUUACUCCAGCAUAUAGUUAGUUUGAAACGCAAACUACGUAGGACGUAAUGUCUGUGCAUGCAUGCAUAGGUAAUAAAAGUACUAUUGAAUUCAAAUGUUUCAAUA